GCCCAGGCAGGGCAGCCAGCCUCGCGGCGCCGCUGGCCGCUGGUUCAGUUGGUUCAGUUAGCGCAGGGAGUGUUCCGAGUGCGCACACUCCGCGACCGUCGCGGCAAACCUCUGUGUGCUUCUGUCGCUCCGCAAACAUGAAGCUGUGUUUUGUUUUGUUGGCUGCCGCGCUGCUGGCGUGGUGCGCCGUGGACGCGCGGCCCCAGCCUGGCACCACCAAGAAGGAGGACCUGGACGGCAUCGGCGACGACCUGGAGGACUUCCUCAAGCACAGGGACCAGAACAAUCACCGGCUGAGUGAGACGCAGAAUGUGUACAACAACAACAGAAAUAUGAAAAAGCCAACGUCCGGGGGCUCCGACAUCCUCGGCGACCUGCUCAACGGGUUCCGAGGCAGCCAGGGAGGAUCCGGCGGCCUGGGCGGCCUGGGCAGCCUGGGCGGGUUCGGCGGCCUCAACACCAGGCCCUCCAACCCGCCCUCCAGCGUGCAGUACCCGUCCAGGCCCGCCAGCCCACCCUCGGGCUCGCGCUACCCGGCCCUGCCCGCCGACCCCGCCCCCUCCCGGCCGGCCAGCUCCCAGUACCCCAGCCGGCCUGCGUCGCCUGCGUCCAACGUGCCAUCUUACCCCAGCUACCCCAGCGGCGGCUCCGGCAGCCCCGCGGGCGGCGGCUGGGUCGUCCCCGGCAACACCGCCACCGCCCCCAAGGCUGGGGCCUCCUACCCGAACUACCCGUCCAGCUACCCGUCCAACUACCCCAGCUACCCUUCGUACACCAACUACCAGCGCGGCAACCCCAACCCCUACCCGGGUUACCCCGCCUACCAACAGCCCUCCUACCAGCAGCCAGCCUACCAGCAGCCCGCCUACCAGCAGCCCGCCAGCUACCCCGGCUACCAGCCGACGUACGCCGGGCCUCAGUCGGUGCAGCGCUACGACCCCCGCAACCCGCCGCCACCCCCAACCAAGAGCACCGGCUCCAGCAUCUCCAAGUUCUUCAAGAAGAUCUUCUCCUAAGCUGGCGUUUGACCGUCUGUCUAAAAUUGUUACCAGUGAUUUCUUUAGUCUUGUGAUUUGGGGGCCAAUACUAUUAUCAGCAGGGUCGAAAAGGAAAUACUAGCCUCUGCCUCCGCCGACGGGGCCAAUGCACGCUCUCUUGCCAAAGACUCUACGGUGAUUCGUGAUUCCGGCGCUGGGAACUAGUUGAGAUUUUCUUCCAAAGUUCCUCUUGUAAUUUGUUUUGUUCUUUUCUCCUUUUUUUUGUUAUUGAUGGACAUACCUACAUACGUUCCAUGUCGUGAUUGCCCAUGUGACUGCAAGAGAAACGUUUUUCACGCCGCUUCAGUUCACAUGGUUUGUUUCUGUUUUUUACCAAAAAAUAUUUGCGUAAGUGUGCUGCUUGGGUUUUGAAUCUCAUCUUGCCUCAGAAGUCUCUCUUACGAAAAAAAUAAUAAAUUUAUUGCAUUUAAGAGAGUAAUCUUCCACUUUGCAAUAUACACAGCAAUCAUGCUUUAAUUUUUUAAAUAUUAAUAAUUCGAUUUGAGCGUUUUUUGUGAUAUUUGAAUAAUCAAAACGUAUAUCGUUGAAAGAUGUAACACAUCUGUGACAGUGGACAAGCAGAUGUGUUUAGGCCGUAAGGAAUUGUCAGUACGCGGCAGUGUACACACUGAUUGUAAUAUACUGUAUUUUACUUUGUACACAAAUAAAAGUUAAAGACGCUAUUUUA